CCGCCCUCCGCUCGCCUGGCCUGGGCCUGGCGCGGGGGGCGGGCACCGGGGCCCGGUCGGACAUGGGCAAGAAGCACAAGAAGCACAAGUCAGACAAACAGCUCUACGAGGAGUAUGUAGAGAAGCCCUUGAAGCUGGUCCUCAAAGUGGGAGGGAACGAAGUCACCGAGCUCUCCACGGGCAGCUCCGGGCAUGACUCCAGCCUCUUAGAAGACAAAAACGAUCAUUACAAACACAAGGACCGAAAGCGGAAAAAGAGAAAGAAAGGAGAGAAGCAGGUUCCAGGGGAGGAAAAGGGGAGAAAAUGGCGACGAAUAAAGGAAGAUAAAAAGAAGCGAGAUCGGGACAGCAUGGACAAUGAGGCAGAAAAAGACCUCCAGCGUCUGACCCCUGUAGGAUUAGACUUGCCUCCUGAGAAGCCUCUUGCAAGCUCUUUAGCCAAACAAGAAGAAGUAGAACAGACACCCCUUCAAGAAGCUUUGAAUCAACUGAUGAGACAACUGCAGAGGAAAGACCCAAGUGCUUUCUUUUCAUUUCCUGUGACUGAUUUUAUUGCUUCCAGCUACUCCAUGAUCAUUAAACACCCAAUGGAUUUUAGUACCAUGAAAGAAAAGAUCAAGAACAAUGAUUACCAGUCCAUAGAAGAACUAAAGGAUAACUUCAAACUAAUGUGUACUAAUGCUAUGAUUUACAACAAACCAGAGACCAUUUAUUAUAAAGCUGCAAAGAAGCUAUUGCACUCAGGGAUGAAAAUUCUUAGCCAGGAGAGAAUUCAGAGCCUGAAGCAGAGCAUAGACUUCAUGGCAGACUUGCAAAAAAGUUGAAAGCAGAAAGAUAGACACCUUGCAGAGUGGGGAGGACAGCGGCUGCUGGCCAAGAGAGAGGGAAGACUCUGGAGACACUGAGGCACAAGGCUUCAAGAGUCCCAAUAAGGAAAA